AUGGAACCAACAACAGAAAGUGACGAUACUCAUCGUAAGAGCCACGACCAUCGUCAUCGCGACCGUGGCCGUGACAGGGAGCGUGAGCGCGAACAAGGCAGAGAAAGAGACAGAGAAAGAGAAAGAGAAAGAGAGCGUGAUAAGGACAGAAAGCAUAGACAUCAUGAUAAGAACGAUGAACAGCACCAAGACGGAGACAAGCAUAAAAAGCACAAGUCUCCAUCAUCCUCUUCCUCGAAAUCAAAGCACCAUGCUCAUAAUGAGAAAAAGGAUAGAGAUCGACAUAGCCAUCCUCGUCAUAAGUCGUCAUCAUAUUCUAGACAUGAUAAGAACAAAGAUGAACCCGGUAGCAACUCUAGGAAGAAAGACAGUUCACAUAGGGACGAUAUUGACGCCCCCAUGGCUGAAGCUGAUGAUGACAUGUGGGUUGAGAAAGAGAUUCCAGGUAUCGAUCCACCACCUCUCAUUUCCGAAACAACGGUAUCUUCUGACUCUUUAGUCGAGAAGCCAUCCAGUAUGUCAAUUCAACCUACUAAAGAGCGUGAGAACAAUGAUAAACCAAAGCGUGAUGCUUGGAUGAUGGAUGACGGCGGCUUGGAUUUUGGAUUGAUGGGAGCACCCAAGUUCAGCAGUCGCGAAUUGAAUGUGCAGCUUGUUACAGGUGUUCAUGUUGAUGAGAUCCCAGUCGAAAAACCAUCCUAUACUAUCGGUGAUGCAGGUUCGAACUGGAGAAUGACAAAAUUGAGACGUGUCCUGGAGACUGCAAAAGAAGAGGGUGUCGCCCCCGAAGUUAUUGGUAUUGAGCGAUACGGGUCAAUAGAAAAGUUUAACGAAGCAAUGGAGGAACGCAGAGAGCUCGAUCGACGAGCGGCUCAGAAAAAGGAAUCUCGCAGUGGAAGAUCGGAUAACAAUCGUGAUAGACGAGAUAGGGAUAGAAAUGACAGACUUAAAAGCGAUGAUAGAAGAGAUAUUAGGCGAGAUAACGAUGACGACGACCAUCAGAGCCGCAGCGACAGUAAUGAGCACAGGCCAUCUUCGAGAAGCGGUCGGCUCUCAGAAUUCAGCUCUGCUGCAUCUUCACCUUUCCAACGACCCAUGGAUGAACAGGAGAGAUUGGAAAAGGAACUGGCAAAACGUAUAAGAGGAAAGGAGCGGGAGAAGGACCAGGAACGGAGACAUACACCUAUUCCAUCGCCAUUCGCGACUCAUGUAUCUUCACCUAUUCCAAACCAUUCAGCAGAACCUGUUUUGUCACCUGAUCAACUUAACAAACUCAGAGCAAAAGCUAUUCGCGCAAAAAUGUUGGGCAUGCCGGACGCUGAAGCUCUUGAAAAAGAAUAUGAGGAAGCUCAAAAGGCAAUAACAGAAAGAAGUUCAUCUCAGCCCCCUGUAGAAGCACAGAGGACUGUGGUGAUUCAAACCAUGGGACGGUCUAAUGAGUCCUCCUCACCUGCACCACUUGGUCCUGGCAAUAGCAAGGCUAAGGAUAAGAAGAAAAUUGCUACGCAUGAUGAACAAGGAAAUAGGAUGGCCUACGAAGGAGAAGAGAGCGGUUUAGAUUUACACGAUUUGGUCAGACGUGAGAAGUUGAAUUUAGAGACGAAUAUGGACAAAGAACUAGCUCGUAGGAUCACAAGAGACGCCACAUUUAGAGAUGAUCUUGAUUACAUGGACGAAAAUGCAGACAAAAUUGCUCGAACCGUAAAGAAGAACGAUUCGCAGCUUAAGAGUGCAGCUAUCUACGACUACCGUAAGACCCAGUCGGCGCUCGAAAACUGUCCUAUGUGCUUCAAGGAUGAUGGGCGCACUCCACCCAUCAUGCCUGUAGUGUCAAUGGGUUCAAGUGUUUAUUUAGGCUUACCACUGUAUAAAGAGUUCCUGCCGGGCCACUGCAUGAUUGUACCAGUACAACACAUUACAUCAACAUUGGAGUGCGACGACGAUGCAUGGGACGAGAUUCGUAACUUUAUGAAAUGCUUGAUCCAGAUGAAUGCAGCCGAAGAUAAAGCGGUCAUAUUUUCUGAGACUGUGAUCAAUCUUCAAUGGCAGAAGCAUACUGUGAUCGAAUGUAUCCCUAUCCCAUGGGAUGCUGGCCAAGCGGCACCUGGAUACUUUAAAGAAGCAAUUUUAAAUGCGGAUGAAGAAUGGUCUCAACAUAAAAAACUAAUUGAGACUGAUGCUAAGGAUCCAUCUAAUGGUGGGUUCCGGCGGAGACUGACCAGCAAGCUACCCUAUUUUCACGUAUGGUUUGGAUCACCCGAUAAAGGCUAUGGACAUGUUAUUGAGAACGCUGAUAAAUUUGAGGAUUACUUCGUGAAGGAAGUAUUAGCCUCGGUUUGUGAGAUGGACGCGUUGCAGUGGUCAAGAAGGAACAAAAAGAGGAUCCCUGUAGUGGAGAACCCUCGGCGUAUUGAGGAGUUCAAGAAGAGCUGGAAAGCCUGGGACUGGACCCGGUCUAUAUCCGGCAAAUAA